AUGUGCAAACUGAGCGCGCUCCGGGCCGCGGUGAACGAGCGUCUGGCGGCGGCUGCGGAGGAGAUCUUCGCCCUGGUGGAGAGGACCAUAGCGGAGUAUGAGGAGGAGGUGAGGAGGUGCAGGCAGGAGAGGGACCAGGAGGAGCGCAGGAGGAACCAGGAGCUCACAGACGCUGAGAUCCACUGGUUCAGUCCUGAUCCCAGAGUGAAGCAGGAAACCACAGAGAGGCCACACAUCAAAGAGGAACCGUCAGAACAGCGCCUCCUACAGGAGCAAGAGGAGCUCUCAGAGGUCACCUGUGUGAAGAGGGAGGAGCUGUGUCCACAGACCACAGUCCACAGACCCAGAGAGGAGGAGACGCAGGGAGGAGCAGGAGGAGCAGUCAGCUCACAGGGACACUUCCACUCAGACACUGAGCAAAGGGACAUCUCUCCUGACACUGAGGAUGAUGAAUCCUGGGAACAUCCUUCUCCUGCUCAGACACAAGACCCCACUGCACACAACUCUCUGUUCAUCAGCUACGAGACUGUCCCAGAGGGACUGUCGGGGACCAGAGACCUGUCGGGGACCAGAGACCUGUCGGGGACCAGAGACCUGUCGGGGACCAGAGACCUGUCGGGGACCAGAGACCUGUCGGGGACCAGAGACCUGUCGGGGACCAGAGACCUGUCGGGGACCAGAGACCUGUCGGGGACCAGAGACCUGUCGGGGACCAGAGACCUGUCGGGGACCAGAGACCUGUCGGGGACCAGAGACCUGUCGGGGACCAGAGACCUGUCAGGGGCUGGACCUGGGGUGGAGAAGAAAGUAGAGUGUCCGUUCUGUCCUGUGGAAGUUGGAACCUUCAAAGAAUACGUCUAA